CAUCGCAGGGGCUACGGGGAGAGCCUGAUGGACGACUUGCUGCGCCGGAUGGAGCAGUACGCCAACAACCUGGAGGCGCUGGUGGAGGAGAAGACGGAGCAGCUGAGCCUGGAGAAGCGGCGCUCGGAGGAGCUGCUGUACCAGGUGCUGCCUCGCGCGCAGGGGCGUGAGGCGAGUGUGUGUCAUGAAGGCGUGCGCGUGCGCAGGCAGGUGGCGCAGCAGCUGAUGGCGGGGGAGGUUGUGCAGCCGGAGCAGUUCGAGCAGGUGACCAUUUACUUCAGCGACAUCGUGGGCUUCACGGCGCUGUGCGCGCAGAGCACGCCCAUGGAGGUAGUGGAUUUCCUGAACGACUUGUACAGUACAUUUGACCGCAUCAUAGGCUUUUACGACGUGUAUAAGGUGGAGACGAUCGGCGACGCGUACAUGGUGGUGUCAGGGCUGCCGGAGCGCAACGGCGACCAGCACGCGCGAGAGAUCGCGCUCAUGGCCCUGGCCGUGCUGGAGGCCGUGCGCGCCUUCACCAUCGCGCACCGCCCCGACACGCAGCUGCAGCAGCAUUUUUCGCUGCUGAAGACCACCAGUCAUGGUUUAAUUACAAUGCUACACGAUGGGCCUGUGUGCGCGGGCGUCGUGGGCCAGAAGAUGCCGCACUACUGCCUCUUCGGCGACACCGUAAACACGGCGUCGCGAAUGGAGUCGACGGGCGUGCGUAAGUACCGCGAAAAUCCAGGUCCCGUGGAUCCUUCAUAA